AUGCAGAUGUCCUCACUACAACUGACAAGGGCCUAUUCUCUUAACCUUAUUACCUUUCUGCUUCAUCUUCUACUGCUCUCUCUUUCACUCAAUGAUUCCAGCCUCACUGAUGUUCCUGGAACAUACUGGGCUUGUUACUUCCACAGAUCCUUUGCAUCUGCUUGUCCUCCUGCCUGGCAUAUUCUUCCCUCAGAUGUUACCACACUUAGAUCCUUCACUGACUUCAGGUCUUUACUCAAAGGUCACCUUUCUAGUGAUGCCUUCUCUGGUCACCCUGAAAAGUUAUCUGAAAGUUUAACCUGUCUCAACUUUUCAUAUCUCCUUUUCCUGCUUUUAAUUUUUUUUUAG